AUGGCAGGAGACAUGCAUCGUGACGUAGUAUUGCAUGAUAUCCCACGCCCCGCCAUUGCGCAUGAUAUAUCAGUUUUUCUGAAGCAUGAACUAUCGAAAGUCAAGGACGAUCAUAACCAAUCGCUCAGCACGUCCGACUCCUUUCUACCUCCAGAUUGGCCUGGACAACGUCGCCUCAACAUCCUCGUGGACAUGGCGCUACCGCUCUUCAUUUUUGCGGCCACUACGUGUCGAUUUGUUGGCGAUCCCAGAUUCCACCCAGAAAAGCGCCUAGGGUUGGUACUAAAAUACCGAACAGCCGCGCAGACAUCCAAAUUCGACAAAACUUAUCUUCCAGUGCUGGACCAGUUACUCACUGGUCUCGAUGAAGACGAGAAAGAGGUUAUGCUUGCUGAGUUCGAAGAAGUUGUUGGCUCAAUUAUAAUUCUCACAGAGCCUCUGUCCACAAAUUCACUGGAAAAUCUCCUCGGGCUUGAAAAACCGGAGGUCGACCGAAGACUGAAAAUGCUUCACUCGGUCCUGAAUGUUCCAAAUAACCAAGAUUCCCCCGUCCGGUUGUCACAUCUUUCAUUCCGCGAUUUCCUUAUCGACACAAAAAAGCGCGGCAAAUCCCCGUUCUUUCUCGACGAAAUGAACCAACACAAGCGCGUAGCUUCUAGAUGCCUUGACUUAUUAUCUCGGCCUGGGGUUCUGAAAACGAACAUUUGCGAUAUAAAAGUACCUGGCACGUUUAGAGUGGAUAUUGACAGGAAGACGAUAGAUAUGUGCCUCCCGAAUGAAGUAAAGUAUGCCUGCCGUCAUUGGGUAUAUCAUUUGGAGCAGAGUGGCGAUCAUAUCCGCGAUGAGGACCGAGUCGAUAAGUUCCUUCAGGAGCGUUUCAUUCACUGGCUUGAAGGCCUCGCACUCAUGGGGAGGAUUUCAGAGGCGAUCCCAAUGAUCAAAACGCUGCUAAAUUUAACUGCGCCCGGUGAGAGCAACGCUCUAGCACUAUUCCUCAAUGACGCAAGACGUUUCGUUCUGAGAAACAGGCAGAUUAUACAUACUGCACCUCUUCAGGUUUAUUCGUCAGCUUUGGCUUUCGCUCCAGAGAGCAGCGUUGUCAAAAAGCAGUUUAAAGAUCAUGUCCCGUCGUGGAUCCGCCGUGUGUCGGGUCUCCUCACUGACUGGGGGGAUACCCUGCAGACGCUUGAUAGCAACACUGGAUAUAUUGCAAAGAUUCUCUUCUCGAGCGAUAAUAAGUUGCUUGCCGCUGAAACAAACGAGGCAGUCAUACUUUGGGACGCUGAAACCGGAGAACAGAGGCAAAAAUUCCAACAUCCUCCCAGCAGCUACGACUUUGCGUUUGCUUGGAAUAGUGAUCUCCUCGCCAUUGCGGCCCGUUCUUCGAUACAGAUAAUUAAACCGUCUACAGGAAUGGUACUCCGGGAGCUACCUGCUCAAUCCGAAGAACGUUUCGUAACUGUUCUAUUCUCACCGAACGAUAAGGUUCUAGCGUCGGCAUCUCCCCAUAUCAUACGGCUGUGGGACCCCGAUUUAGGAGAGCUUCUACAGACGAUUGAGACAGGCGACCCUCCUUGGCAUAACCAUCUUUGUUUCUCCGGGGAUGGUAGUUAUCUAGCCUUUACACUAAGAGAACGAGAAAUCAAAGUGUGGGACGUACGUGAGAAACGCCUAUUGCGCACAUUUACCGGACAUAAGCACCGGGUGCGCAAUUUCUCAUUUUCACACAGCGGGGAUAUUGUCUCAAUGUCAGAAGAUGUGAUAAAAAUCUGGAAUCCGUCAACCGAGGAAGCAUUGCACUCCUUUGAAGACCACGGGGGCUUGGCUACUGUGACCGCAUUUUCCGCCAACCGUAAGCUUUUCGCACAUUGCUCCCCUAGCUGGAUUCUAAUCCGAGAGUCAUCCAAUGGGAAAGUAUUGCGCAAAUUCACCGCAGAAUACCCAAAGUCGAUGAUGGCAUUCGCGGAAAACGACGGGCUCCUUGUUGUGGCAUCUGAAUCCAUCAUUAUCAUUAUAGAUCUAGGAUCUGGCAGUAUCAGUCACGUCCUCACAGGCCAUAAAGGUAUAGUAACAAGCAUUGCGCUUUCGGGAGAUACUAAACUUCUUGGAUCUGCGUCGAUGGAUUAUACUGUUAGACUCUGGGAUUUGAACAUAACUAAGUCGUCUGGUGACACGGAUCCUUUUCCCAUACUGUCCAUUGCUCUCUCCAAAGAUGUUAAGCUCUUGGCCGCCUCACAGUAUGAUGGAGGAGUUGCGAUAUGCGAUAACCUUGUUAAUCUCAAAUUAUUCAUCAACGGAAACUGGUUUAGCCACCUGGUCUUCUCAGAAGAUAAUAGGUUCUUGACUACCUUUUCUCAAACUGAUAAGGCUGUCACCCUAACCGAUCUGUCCAAUGGCGAAAAUGAGCUGCUGCUUGAUCUAAGUCACAUUGAGGCCCGUUAUCCUCGCGCUAUGCCCUGUAUCUUCUCGGAGGAUGGAAAAGCAUUUGCUCUGUCUGACUAUGACGACAGGAUAUGCCUUUGCAAUCUGGAGAAGAAAACCACCCAGUUCUUGCACAAACCUGGAACUGGGACCCCAUGUAAAUUUUCAGAUGACGGAUCUUUGCUCGCUUCCUCAACCCGCCGCUCGGGUUCCCCUUGCGACAUAAUCGCUCUGCAUGAUGUCUCCACAGGAAAGCAUCUCCGAGACAUUGAAACCCGAUGCUUAAUCAGAAAUGGAGCUAUUGCGUUCUCGAAAGAUAACAAAUUGCUGGUCAUAAAGGAUUCUCAUACGGUGGAAUUGCUGGAUAUAGCAACAGGGGCAGAAGUGGGAAAGGUUGAAACCGACACUGGAUUCUGGGAAAUUGGAGGCUCUCCUGAUGAUUUUUCAAGCGUUGAAGUUGAAUCCGGAUUGCUAAACAUUCCAAAUAUCACAACCGUCACGCAACCAGCAUCGGAACGACAGCCCGUGUUGAAGCUCUAUUUUCAAGACGAAUGGGUGAUACGCAACGGCGAAAAGUUUCUCUGGGUUCCGCCGGAAUACUGCCCAGACAGCCCGGCUCGUAUGGUCUGUCGGAAUAACACUUUUCUGUGGGGGAACCAUCUUGGGGUAGCCACUCUUGUUGAAAUUGAGUGUCCGUGA